AUGCCGAACUUGGAAUCCAACAUUUUCGAUAAAUUGCUGUCUAAUGAAAUACUUUCAAUGAAGCAACAGAUAUACGAACGGAACGCUACAUUUCCGACAACAAUGCAAAUCAGCACACAAAGAAAGGUUCCUACGCCGCUUCUUGAACUACAACAAAGAUGGCCGAUAGAACAAUUACAAUCUAACAAUGAAAAGAAGGUAGACUUUGUAAAAUACAUGGAGAACCUAAAUAGGGCUACCGAAAUUGAUGAAAUCCUGGAGGAUGAUAAUGCGGACAUCUGUAAAAGGAAUUGUAAUUCAUCAAAUGACAAAGUUCUAAAGUUACGGAGCUUGACGCACAAAUUACAUAAAAUUAAUCUGCCUUCCAAAGCUCUACGUGUCACCAAAAAGUGUACUUGUGAGGAUGGUGUUUCUAAAACACGCGAUUCGAAGUCAAAAAAGCAUCGCGAUCAUUUCCUGAACCAAAAGGAAAAUGAAAACGACAAUUCUCAGUUAGGUUCUAGCACCCAAGUAUGUUCAAGGACAGUUCCCACGAGUACUAUAACACCAUAUCCUUUUUACAUAACGUAUUCCCCAUAUUUUAUAGGAACGAUGGUUGAUUAUACAAACUUUUACUACCAUCCAGACGUUAUCGGUGAUCUAAAGAGACCAAGACCCCAUAACGAGAGAAAACACAAAAAACCAAUACUGGAUGAAGACGAAUCGGAUGACGAAGAGAGCCAAGAAAUAUAUUAUGAAUAUUCCCAACCGUAUCUAGAUGAAAGUACAAGGAAAACUGCAAAACACAAAGAAAAGACAAAAUCCGACCGCAACGGCUUUACUAUUUAUUACACAUCGAAUGAACAGAAUUCGGAAAUCCAAGAAAAUAUACAAGUUGUUAAUAAAAAUAAAUUCGUGGACGAAAUUGUAGAUGACUUAAAAAUGCUUUACAAUGAAGCCGUGAUUAAAGACUGUUAUUGUUCUUCUUGUGCAUAUCAAUUAGGAUUACAAAUAAUUGCAAUGGUGUACUUACUACAAAUUGUAAUGUAG